AGCAUCAUGCCAACAGUCAAACAUGGUGGUGGAAGUGUGAUGGUGCAGGGAGCCUUUUCUGAUUCAGGGUCAAUGGUGAGGUGUCAUAAUUGACAGAACAAUGAAUUCAGUGCUUUACCAGAAAAUCCUGAAGGACAAUGUCCAGUCAUCAGUCCGUGAUCAGAAGUUUAAGAGCAACUGGGUUAUGCAGUAAGACAACAAUCUGGAGCUCAAGAGCAGGUCCACAUCUGAAUGGCCCUGAACAAAAUGAAGGUUUUGGAGUGGCCUAGUCAAAAUCUUGACUUAAACCUCAAUUAGAUUCUCUGGCAUCAUCUUAAACUAUUGAAAGCCCUCCCAUGUGGCAGAAUUAAAGCAAUACAGUAAAGAAGGUUGGGCCAAAACACCUCCACAAUUAUGUGAAAGACUGAUCUCCAGUUAUUGGAAGCAUUUCGUUGCAGUUGUUGCUGCUAAAUGUGACACAAAAAAUUAUUAAGAUGUGGGGAGAGGGGUGCGCAGUUAGUUCUUCACAUGUGAUAUCGGUGGUGUAUAACCUUUUUCCUUCAAUAAAUGAAAUGAUCUUUAAAAAUGUUUUUUUUUUUGUUUGUUUGUUUUCCUCAUGUUUUCCUUGCUUUAUGCGUCAUUUUCUAUGAUGACCUGAAACUAUUUAGUGUAAUAAAUGUGCGAGCGCAGAUAAGAUUUUAUAAUAUUAUUCAGCGAAUUUCCAGUUUAUUAAGUUCAACGAUCUAAAAAAACUUAAAACCACAACCAUCUCGGUACAUAUUUCUUGCUAGAAAAUAAUAGAUCUGCUUAAAACCUGCUUUUAAAUACUGUUUAGCAUUAGCAUCUUAUAUAAAAAUAGAUAUUUUCUCAAGAGACUGAAAGAAAUCAAAGAGUUGUGCACGUCAUUUCCGCCUUUUGGUGUUUAAUAGAAUUUAGUUGUUGUUUUUUUACUUUCUAAAGGUUCAGGAACGUGUGAGGAGGAGGGACAGUGUCAGUUAUCUACUCUUGCUAGCUUUCUAGUCUAGACUGUGUGUGGAACAUUCUGUGAUGUCAGAGUUACCCGUCAUAAAUCUUUGCCACGAAGUGAGAUGUGCUCAAUUUGAUCAUCUGACAGUGCAACACAGACCUCUGACUGAAGAUGAUGACACUGGUGUGGAUUACAGUGAUUAUGUUUAAUAAAAUUGAUUAUGCAGAGACAAAUGAUGUCAAUCAACCAAAUCCAAUAAUCACCGCUAAUGUUGGUGAUAACGUGACUCUACACUGCUUUCGAAUGCGACUGGACUCUGGAGCUAUCGUUUGGUACAAGCAAAAAGUAGGACACAAGCCUCGUGUAAUGGUCACAGUUCAGCACAGACCCAGUUACGAAGAUGAGUUCAAGUCACCAAGAUUCAGCAUCGAGAAUGAAAAGACAAGCUGCCAUUUAAAAAUUUCUCAUGUGGAACCAUCAGAUGAAGCCAUGUAUUACUGUGGAUUUAUAUUAUUUUCAACAUCAUUUGGAAAAGGAACAUUUUUAUCAGUGAAAGGUGAUGGAGAUGUAAAAUUGUCAGUGUUCCAGAGCGGCAUGUCGGACUCGGUUCCUGCAGGAGCGUCAGUGACUCUUCAGUGCUCGGUUCUCUCUGAGAGCAGAUCAGCAGAACUCCAAGUGCUCUGGUUCAGAGCUGCUCCACCACAAUCCCAUCCUCAAAUCAUUUACACUCAUCACAACAGCAGCCAUCAGUGUGAGAGCGGCUCUUCUACACACACCUGUGUGUACAACUUCUCCAAGAACAUCCUCAGCCUCAAUGAUACUGGAACUUACUACUGCGCUGUGUCCGUGUGUGGGAAGAUCAUUUUUGGGAAUGGGUCACAAAUACAGUUGGAGAGAUCUGUGGAUCCUGUAGUGAUCUACCUCGCUGUAGCUUUGGGAGUGUGUGUGGUCGUGAUCUUUGCUUUGACCUUUCUCAUAACCUGUGAAUGGAGAAACUGUGAACAAACCAGUGUGAGAAUAAAACAAGGUUCAGUGACAGACAAUACCCUUAAUCAGGACUGUGACAAUGAGCUGAAUUACGCUGCCUUACAUUUCAAUGAGAGGAGAGCCAAACGAGGAAGAGUGAAGAAACAACAACCUCAAGACGUUAUAUAUUCUGAUGUGCGAGGUCGUUCUAUAACGUAGAUUUGAUCUCUAAUCUGAUUGAGUGUCAUUAGUUCUGUUAUCAGGUUUCAUUUUCAGUGUAGAUAUGUUUUUAUUCAUGAUUGUUCAGACUGAAUUUAAACUAAAAGCUGGACGAUCUAGAAGUCUCAACAUCCCAAUGAAUAAAAUGAGAACGCAGUUUUAGACAUUGUUAAGCGUGUGGAAAUGUUUUUUAAAAACGUAUAACAUUACCCUGCCUUUCAUGCUAUGUUAUGAAUAUUUGUAUUAAAAUUGUAGAAAUCUGUGCAUCCAUCGUAAGGCUAGUCAAUUCUAAAGUCUUAAAACAUCCUUGUAGUUUUAUUUUCUUUUUUUGCUUUUGUAUUGCCUGGCUUAAAAACAGUGAACGCCACUCGUGGUCACCUCAGACUCAGGGUGAGAAGGUUGGUGAGCUUAUAUUUUUGACCACGCCACCACAUGAUAUUAAAAGGCAAAGACAAAACAGAAAGCACAACCAAAACUUGGCAGCUUUUUAGUGGCUUUGUCUGGAUUCACACAUGUCACACAUACUGUAUUGAGUCAGCUCACUGGGGGAUAUACAGAGAGAGAAAACAGCUUGAUAAUAUGCAUUCUCAGAUCAGCGACUGGUGUGCCACAUUCAUUUACUGACUCCCUCAAACUCCUACUGUUGAUCCCUGCUGAGCCACGCCCCUUCCAUUACAUACUGUAAACGGAAAGAAUCUGCCAUAGUAUGUAAGGAAUAAAAUACUUGUUGCUGUGAUGUUAAAUUAAAAUAAUCAAUGAUGUAGUAGUGUGUUGCAGCCUGACACAAAGUAGCAUUAUUGUUACCACCCUGACAUUGAUUUUUUUUUUCCUAUCACAGCAUGUCCUGAAGUGUUUACUUUCUUGUAUACCACAGCAAUUUGUCAAACAUUACAGUUAUUUAAUUGUACAAAAUACUUUAGCCAUUUAAAGGUAAGACAUUUAGGGUCACACAUAUAAAAAAUGAAGUAAUAUUUGGUAAAGGUAAAGGAUUCUCUGCAUUCUCUAACUGCAAAUACACAAAAUGUGGUUAACUAGCAUCCGUGAUAAUUGCACGAAGACUUUCAAGACAUUUGGAUGAUUUAGCUAAAAUAUAUUUUUUUUAUCAAUAAUUUACUUCCGUUCUUUAAUUUACGUAAGAAGGUUGUACUUUCAA